AUGGCAGACACCAACUGCUUGGUGCGAGAAGGCCAGAACAGCUGUGUGGUGAAAUGCGUCCAUUGCGAGUCCCGGGUUUUGUCUCCCCAGUCGGCCACUUUCCUCAGUCAGUCUCACGCUCUGCCAACCCCCACGCAGCCCAAAGAUCAGCCAUCGCCAAAUACAGAGGAUCUUGGUGAAUGGUGGGUUGUGGAUGACAUGUUCACCUUCGACAAUAUUGGCUUCUCCCACACGGUUGGCAGCACGAAAUACCUCGUGUGCGCGGACUGUGAGAGAGGACCAGUUGGCUGGCACGACAACACGACCAAGAAGAGCUAUGUUGCUUUAGCCAGGGUCAAACACACUUAG